CCUGCCGUCACAGAUGAAAGCGAAGAAAAGUCGGAUGAUGAGAUCAAUAGUAACUCAAGCUCGUCAAAUUGUGACAGCACUGCUCAUCUGAGCUGCAACGACCCUGUCGAUAGUAAAUCUUCAAGAAUGUUCGCAUGUUCUGAACAAAGUUGCACUAAGACCUUUGUCAGAUAUUCAGCUUUGGUAAAACACUGCGAUCUUGGAGCUCAUACAAGAGCCCUCGAAAGAAUAACUAUUUACGACAGAGCAAAACUGAGCUGCGCUCAGCAUCUCCAGGAAGGGCAAGUGAGAGAGCGGCCAAGCAUAGCCGUCUCCAGUUCAACUACAGUAAAUCGUGAGUCGCAUGUGUUACCUAUGGGCUGGGCGCUCAAACAAAGCUCGAAUAAAGCGCGAUUUAGCGAAAAACAAAAAGAAUUUCUUGAUGAAAAAUUUAACAUUGGUGAAAGAACAGGAAAAAAGAGUAAUGGUGAGGACGUUGCCCAACAGAUGAGACGAGUAUGCAGACCAGAUGGUAGCAGGCUCUUUCAUGUAAACGAAUUCUUAACACCACAACAAAUCUCCUCUUACUUCUCACGGAUGGUGGCGAAAAGAAAGAAAAUCGUAGAAUAUGAAAAUGCUGCAGAAGAAGAAGCUGAAACUUUACAGACCGUAACUUCUCAAAUCACAGUUGCUUUAAAUGCAGAAUAUGAGGAAGAGCAGUGCGCUGCUUGCUACAAAGAUGAUGCUAUCGCUAUCUAUACCCACCAUGAGAAGGAAAAACUGCGCAAGCAAAAAAUGGCCGUCUUAAAAAAACUAUGCUCUAACUAUGGAAUCACAGGGAUUUCUGGAAGGAAGAAAGAACCCUAUGUCAAAGCGCUUUACAGUUACAUACGCGAAAAUCCGUCUUCGCAACAUGGACUCGUACUCGGACAGUAG